AUUUUUAAUGACUUUCUGCGUGUUUCGCGAAAUUGUGGGUUAAAAAAUAUAAAAUGUUAAUUAUGACCCAAUAAAAUUAAUAACAAAUGUGAUACAAUGCCUGAUGAUUACCCGACAGCAUAAUGAAAAUCUCUUCCUAGUUUCCCCAAAAAAGUUAGUGCCAACUCAUGCGUCACGGCUACGGUAUAAUUCCUUCCUUUCUCGUCACAACGAUCUUUGUGGUUUUAACAAAACAACACCAACAAAACAUUUCCAACAAUUUCAAAAAUUUGCAGAUUACUCCUUCACGUUGAGAGGUUUCGUGUCGAGGCUGCGAUUGAACUGGAACGAUUAUUUCGUAUGACUAUUUCAAUUGCAAUCGGUAUUUCAUCACCUUAACGAACACUUGUCAUGUCAUAUUGCAACAGAUUAAUUCGUCAAACCUUUGGAUUCUUUUCCCGAAUCGAUUACGUUUUCAUUUGAUGAAUGAAAAUAGAUAUAAGAGGAGAUACAAAGCUGCUGAUGUCCAGUAGAUGAUAAGAACGCGAUAAAACAUGUCUCCAUUCAAUGUUUUAAUUAUUCUCAUUGCGAGUGUCAGUGGACUGCCAACCAGUAAUUAUCAGCGGAGAGAUAAUUUUGGAUAUGAAGUGACAGCUCUAGAGCAAUCAGGACUAUUAGAGCCAUCAGGUGCUGGUAGCUCCCCAGUAAAAACUGGAAAACAGCCGAAAAAUUCAGCUGGUGAGAGCAAAGAGUCCGGAUAUUACAAACAAUUUGGGACAAAUGCAGAUGGUGAAAAGGGAUUUGAGUCAGGUACAUACAGCCAUGGCCAGAAUGGGUACAAAGAGCUAGAUACAUUCCACAAACAAAUCGGGGACAAGUACGGAUUUGAAGAGAAUUUGGAAUUCGGUCAUGGAAAAGGGAAUCAAAAUUCAGGAAAACACUCUCGCGCUCGCGAGAGCAAGAGUGAAGAUGCAGAUGAAGCAGGUACUAGUGUUGAGACGUUUUAUGCAGAUACCAACGGAAGUGGCGAAUAUCUAGGAGGUGGUGAGACUUACAGCUCCGGCGGAGAUGGUGAUAAUUAUGAAUAUUCCUCUGGAGACAGCGGGGAAGGCGCAUAUUCAGAGUCCAGCUCGUACAGUUCAAAUGAUGGGGAUAAAUCGGGCAGUGAUGAAUACUAUUACUGAUUCUGACGAGAAAAUCCAUCUCACUUAAGCUUUACAUAAGUUAAUAAUCACCUAUGGAAUUCCUAAAAUGUAAGAAUAUGUGCAACUAAAUAUUUAUUUAAUCAA